ACUUAUAUUUUGAACUUUGAACGCACAACAGCAUUACUCCCACAACAGCAAGAACCGAGCCCAGCUCCGAACCCCCACCACCACUUCCAGUCGUCGACGAUGAGCGUUCCGAAGGCGGUAGCAGCGACUAUCCGAUUGAGAGUUCCGGCAGCAGCCGCACGUCCAGCGCCACCAUUGGUACCUCAAGACAACGCGUUUGAUUUCACAGUUAAAUCUCCUUCCGUCACCUGGUACCUCAAGAAAGCCGCCGGCAUCAAAUCGGGAAGUACACGUCCACGUCAUAUCUCAAAUUUCUCCCUUCUCACUACUACUUCCCCUUCCCCACCCCCACCACCAAUCACUGAAACCACACUCCUCAAUUUCAUCCAAUCUUUUCACUGGCAUUUCGUCGAACACCUUGCGAACCUCACCCCUUCCCUUCUCUCUUCCACACUUUCCCACCUUCACCUAAACCCACAACUCGUUCACACUCUCCUCACCCAUCUACACAACCAACCUCACUGCUUCGACCUCACUACCCGUUGCAUCGCCGUCUGCAUCCUCUACCGUCUCCCAUCACCCAAACCAGCUCUCCAAAUCCUUCACCCUGUUAUCCUCACCACCACCCCCACCAUCAUUUUCAACCAAUUGUCACUAGCCCGCAGCCGUCUCAAUACGAAAACCACCAUCGUCUUUGACCUUCUCCUCACUGCUUAUUGUCAUCUCAGGAAACCCACUGAGGCUCUUGAGUGUUUUCACUUGAUGACACAAAAUGGGAUUGUCCCCAAAACCGAAACAUGCAAUCAGGUUUUGAGUCUUUUCCUGAAAUUGAAUAGAACCCAAAUGGCUUGGGUUUUGUAUGCUGAUAUGUUUAGGAUGAAGAUCAAAUCUAAUGUUUGCACUUUUAACAUAAUGAUCAAUGUUUUGUGUAAAGAAGGUAAGUUGAAAAAGGCUAAGGAGUUUAUUGUUUAUAUGGAAGCUUUUGGUGUGAAGCCUAAUAUUGUUACUUAUAACACACUUAUACAUGGAUACUGUUUAAGAGGCAAGUUUGAAAGGGCUCAUGCGAUUUUUCAAAAGAUGAAAGAUAAAGGUCUCAAACCGGAUUGUUAUACCUAUAAUUCUUUUAUUUCUCGGUUGUGUAAAGAAGGAAGGAUUGAUGAGGCAGCUGAUUUACUUUGUAAAAUGUCGGAGUUUGGUUUAGUUCCUAAUGCUGUAACUUAUAAUGCUUUAAUUGAUGGGUGCUGCAAUAAAGGGGAUUUGGAUAAGGCUUUUGGUUAUAGGGAUGAGAUGAUGAGUAGAGGCAUAGUUGCUUCUCUUGUCACCUACAAUGUGUUUAUUCAUGCACUGUUUAUGGAAAGGAGGAUGGGGGAAGUUGAGGAUAUGAUGAAAGAAAUGAGAGAAAGAAGAAUGGAGCUUGAUGUUGUUACAUAUAACAUACUGAUUAAUGGCUAUUGCAGAUGUGGGGAUGCAAAGAAAGCUUUCACUCUUUAUGAGGAAAUGGUGGAAAGAAGGAUUAGACCGACACUGGUAACAUAUACAUCGCUUAUAUAUGUUCUUGGGAAAAGGCAUAGGAUGAGGGAGGCAGAUGAGUUGUUUAAGAAGACUAAAGACGAAGGUCUGCUGCCAGAUAUCAUAAUUUUCAAUGCAUUGAUCGAUGGUCAUUGUGCAAAUGGCAACAUCGAUAGUGCUUUUCAACUCUUGAAAGAGAUGGAUGAUGCAAAGGUUUUUCCCGAUGAAGUCACGUACAAUUCCUUGAUGCAAGGGUACUGCAGGGAGGGGAAAGUGGAAGAAGCUCGGAAACUUCUUGAUGUAAUGAAGAGAAGGGGGAUCAAACCUGAUCAUAUUAGUUACAAUACACUUAUUAAAGGUUACAGUAAAAGAGGAGACAUGAAGGAUGCUUUUAGAGUUAAAGAUGAAAUGUUGACUAUAGGAUUUGAUCCUACCAUUCUCACUUACAAUGCUCUUAUUCAAGGCUUGUGCAAAAACCGCGAAGGUGAGCAAGCUGAAGAGCUCCUCAGAGAAAUGGUCAGCAAAGGCAUUACUCCUGAUGACAACACCUACCUAUCUUUAAUUGAGGGAAUGGAGACAGAUGAUGACCUAGGGGGAAAUGAUGAUAAAUGAACAUGUGCUUAUAUGGGGAUUGGUCGCUGCUAUGAUCAACAAUGUUAGUUAAGUGUAACUGAAAUUUGUGCCUCUGAACUCUGAAAGAUGUGAUGAGGCGCAUAAAUGUGCUGAAAGAGGAGGCUACAAGAAUUGCCGAAAAUAUCACACUUAGUCACAAUGAGAAGAGCAAGAUAAAUUCUGCUCGUUAUUCAGCAAUGAUGGCUCCAUUAGUUGUGGCUUUGGAACGUUGUUUAGCUUCAACUUUCUCGAAAUCCUGAGACUCCUCAUGAAGCUUGGUUCCAAGGAGAGUAUAAAGACCAACUGAAAUCAGCUAUUUUAUCCUUCAAGACUCCUCCACCAUCUUCUUCAGCUCUAUGGGAUGUAUGGCGGCCUUUUGAUGGUAUUGCUGCAUCCUUGGCUUCUUACCAGAGG